ACCAGUUUGGGAUAUAUAUAGAAAAUAAUAUUUUCAACAGCUGUCCAAGUUCAGCUUUUCUUUCCCUAAGGAUCGAUCACGGAAUUAUUUCACGUGUUGUAUUCCUUGUCUAUGAUAGGAAGCUCGUUACCUCAGCGUACAAACCCCAAAUAAAAAAUGAAUUUCCUUGUGGUGUUAGCUUCUCUCUUUCUCUUUGUGUUCCUAAUGAGGAUAAGCAAAGCAAAAAAGCUCCCUCCAGGUCCAAGGAAACUGCCUAUAAUAGGAAACCUUCAUCAAAUUGGAAAAUUACCUCAUCGUUCACUUCAAAAACUUUCUAAUGAAUAUGGGGAUUUCAUUUUCUUGCAAUUAGGUUCUGUACCGACUGUGGUUGUCUCCUCAGCUGACAUUGCCCGAGAGAUCUUUAGAACUCACGACCUUGUUUUCUCAGGCCGUCCUGCUUUAUAUGCUGCCAGAAAACUUUCCUACAAUUGCUACAACGUUUCAUUUGCACCCUAUGGUAAUUACUGGAGAGAGGCUCGGAAAAUUCUAGUGUUGGAGUUGCUAAGUACAAAGAGAGUACAAAGUUUCGAGGCAAUUCGAGACGAGGAAGUAAGUAGCUUGGUUCAAAUUAUCUGUAGUUCCUUGAGCUCACCUGUUAACAUAAGCACAUUAGCACUAUCCUUGGCAAAUAACGUUGUUUGUCGAGUGGCUUUUGGGAAAGGGAGUGCUGAAGGAGGAAAUGAUUAUGAGGAUAGGAAGUUUAAUGAAAUUCUAUAUGAGACACAAGAAUUAUUGGGUGAGUUUAACGUUGCUGAUUAUUUUCCUCGGAUGGCAUGGAUUAACAAAAUAAAUGGGUUUGAUGAACGAUUGGAAAAUAAUUUUAGGGAAUUGGAUAAGUUUUAUGACAAAGUAAUAGAAGAUCAUCUUAAUUCAUGUAGCUGGAUGAAACAAAGGGAUGAUGAAGACGUUAUUGAUGUAUUGCUUCGAAUUCAAAAGGAUCCAAGCCAAGAAAUUCCUCUCAAAGAUGAUCACAUUAAGGGCCUUCUUGCGGAUAUAUUCAUAGCUGGAACUGAUACAUCAUCAACAACCAUAGAAUGGGCAAUGUCAGAACUCAUAAAAAAUCCAAGAGUCUUGAGAAAAGCUCAAGAGGAAGUUAGAGAAGUUUCUAAGGGAAAACAAAAGGUCCAAGAAAGUGAUCUUUGCAAACUAGAUUACUUGAAAUUGGUCAUCAAAGAAACCUUUAGACUACACCCACCAGUCCCAUUACUAGUCCCUCGAGUAACAACAGCCAGCUGCAAAAUAAUGGAAUACGAAAUUCCAGUAAAUACAAGAGUCUUCAUCAACGCGACAGCAAAUGGGACAAAUCCAAAAUACUGGGAAAAUCCAUUGACAUUCUUGCCAGAGAGAUUCUUGGAUAAGGAGAUUGAUUACAGAGGCAAAAAUUUUGAGUUGUUGCCAUUUGGGGCAGGGAGAAGAGGGUGUCCAGGAAUUAAUUUUUCAAUACCACUUGUUGAGCUUGCACUUGCUAAUCUAUUGUUUCAUUAUAAUUGGUCACUUCCUGAAGGGAUGCUAGCUAAGGAUGUUGAUAUGGAAGAAGCUUUGGGGAUUACCAUGCACAAGAAAUCUCCCCUUUGCUUAGUAGCUUCUCAUUAUACUUGUUGAGAUUUUAAAAGAUUUUAGCAUAGCUAUAUAUAGCUUGAAGUGUCAUUUGUAACAUAUAUUUAUAACUUCUGAAUUUCAAUAUUAUGCAAAACUUUCCUUAUUUCCUAA